AUGAAUAACUUGGCCAAUACUUCGUCGCUCGACCACCAGGGCGAAGACGACGCUAUCGAGGCCGAUUCUUUCAGCGACUCGGGCUACGAGGGCCAGAGCGUGCGAAGCAGUCUGGAAUCGCUCACCGAUUCGACUUUCGAGUAUCACUACGAGCACGGCCACAGGUAUCAUCGUGACGGCCAAUCGCUGCUACCCAACGACGAGACCGAGCAGGAUCGACUUGACCUCCAGCAUCAUAUAUUCAAGCUGAUUCUCAAUGGCGAACUCACGCGCACCGUGCUGCCGCCGACGACGCAAAAGGUGAUUGAUGUAGGCACAGGAACGGGCAUCUGGGCGAUCGAGCUGGGCGAUGCGAUGCCGUCGGCCACAAUUGUUGGUGUUGACCAGUCCCCGAUACAACCUGUUUGGGUACCGCCGAAUGUCAGUUUCGAAAUCGACGACGUCAAUAAGCCAUGGCUGCAAGCGGAGCGGUCAGUGGAUUUUGUGUACAUACGCACCAUGGCGGGAUCGAUCAAGAGCUGGCCGGAGCUGCUAACUGAGGCCUAUAAAACGCUUAAGCCAGGAGGUAAGCUAGAGUUCGUGGAGUUCGGGCUCCAAUGGGAGUGUUUGGACGGCACGUUCGACCCUAAUGGUAGUUGUGGGGUGUGGACGAAGGAGUUUCACAAGAUAGCUACGGAAUUGAUGGGCAUAGAUUUUGAUCCUAUACCGAAGAUGCCGCGCUGGCUGAGGGAAGCUGGCUUUGAGGACAUAGCGAUGCAUGAUGAGAUUGUGCCCAUAGGACCGUGGCCGAGGGAUCGCAGGCUGAAGAACAUUGGUCGCUAUUUUUUGAGUAAUAUGCUGGAGGGCGGCGUAGAGAACUAUACUCUGAUGCUGUUUACGAGAGCUGGCUGGGACGAGACGAGUGUCCAUGCUAUGCUUGGUGGCGUGCGGAAAGAUCUUCUGGAUACAAGGAUCCAUGCUUUCACCAGAGCGUGGUUCAUCACCGCGACAAAGCCGCUACGAUAG